GAACAUGAGGAUGUACUCUCUUCUUUUGCGGAACUCUAUGGUCUGAGGACGCCGCUGUAACCCCGGAAGCAAUCCUGAGAGGUCGGGACCGGCAAGAUGGCGGCGCGGACAGCGUUCGGGGCUGUGUGCCGGCGCCUCUGGCAGGCAUUGGGGAAUUUUUCUGUAAACACCUCUAAGGGCAAUACAGCCAAAAAUGGUGGCUUGCUUCUCAGUACCAAUAUGAAGUGGGUACAGUUUUCAAACCUACACGUUGAUGUUCCAAAGGAUUCGACCAAACCUGUGGUAACGAUCUCUGAUGAACCAGACAUAUUAUAUAAGCGCCUCUCGGUUUUGGUGAAAGGUCACGAUAAGGCUGUAUUGGACAGUUAUGAAUAUUUUGCUGUGCUUGCUGCUAAAGAACUUGGUAUCUCUAUUAAAGUACAUGAACCUCCAAGGAAAAUAGAGCGAUUUACUCUUCUCCAAUCAGUGCAUAUUUACAAGAAGCACAGAGUUCAGUAUGAAAUGAGAACACUUUACAGAUGUUUAGAGUUAGAACAUCUAACUGGAAGCACAGCAGAUGUCUACUUGGAAUAUAUUCAGCGAAACUUACCUGAAGGGGUUGCCAUGGAAGUAACAAAGACACAAUUAGAACAGUUACCAGAACACAUCAAGGAGCCAAUCUGGGAAACACUAUCAGAAGAAAAAGAAGCAAGCAAGUCAUAAAGCCUCAGGGAGGCCAUUUUUGCCUAAAUUUGAAAUGAGGGCGGGCCAGAUGAGUAUGUUUAAGUGGAGAGUGCUUCCAGCUGAGAUGAUUUGAGUCUGCCCUAACUGCUCCAUUGAGUUCUCGUGCCCUCAUCAGCUGAGGGCAGGGAAUGGAACUUUAAUGGAAGAACCACUUUUAUCUAUUCUUUUUAUUCAUUGUUUCAGUUCUGAUUUCAGCAAACAUGAGCAAACCACUUUGACUGAAAGCGGAAAGAGUGAAAAUUCUAUUUUGUUACGCUACUGGUGUUCAGUUAUUAGUUUGUACCAUUUUUAAUUUAUGUCAGUUGAUGCAUCUGAAAAUAAGUGCUUGGAGUGUUCGUACCCUUAUUUUUUUUUUAAGAUUCCUAGAAGGAAUCUUUGGUUAAUUCAGAUUGAGCAGUUAAAGUUUUUGCUAUUUACCUUUGUGCAGGCUGGCAUAUGCUAAUUUGGGGGUGGUAACCAACCGAUUUUAUCUCAUGUAAGCAUUACAUUUUGAAGACUGAAUAUACUUCACAGCAGAUCAAACACAUUUAUGGCAUGCACUGACCUCUUCUUGGAGCCCAGAACUUUAUAGAGUUGCCUACCAGGGUUACUGUAAUGGAAUUUAUGAUCUUAAGAAAUUACUAGUUGUAUUAUUUAUCCUAUGAUUCAUUCAUUCAAUAAGCUUUUACUGCAUAAACUUUACAUCCAGCACUGUAGUUAAGUACCCAAAAUUGAAUAGAAAUAAUGGCUUUUGAAAAUUGCACAAAGCAGGCCAGGCACGGUGGCUGACGCCUGUAAUCCCAGCACUUUGGGAGGCCGAGGCAGGCGGAUCACGAGGUCAAGAGAUCCAGACCAUCCUGGCUAACACGGUGAAACCCCGUCUCUAAUAAAAAUACAAAAAUUAGCUGGACAUGGUGGCACGUGCCUGUAAUCCCAGCUACUCAGGAGGCUGAGGCAGGAGAAUCGCGUGAACCCGGGCCCGGUGGAGGCUGCAGUGAGACGAGAUCGCGCCACUGCACUCCAGCCUGGCGACAGAGUGAGACACCAUCUCAAAAAAAAAAAAAAAAGAAAAUUGUGCAAAGCAUAGGUAAAUAUUUUUCUUUAUUAAGCUUCUCACUGAGAAGCCCUCUUUCUUUUGGUAAAUGUCACUCUGUUUGUUAGGAGAUGUCUGCUUUUCCAUGAAAUGAAAUAGUGGCUAAAGCCCUGAAAGAGGCAAGACUACAAUGGGCUGAAACAGUUGGUAUAGCAACCCCAGAGAAGUGCUUCAUUUUCUUUUUAUAGUAGAAGCAGGUCCAUGUCUUUUGUGGUUUCCUGCACAUCUUUGGAGUAGUUAUGACUUCUCAGUUUUUCCCCCCUUAAACUGCAUUGCCUAUUCUCUUUUCCUGACAUGCUAUCAGGUAUCAGUGUGUUGAAUACAUACUGCUUGUGUAUCAGGCUUACGUUACUGUCAUCACCAUUAAAAGAAUUACAGCCUUGUGCCCCAUGACCUUCA